AUGACAGCAACGACAUUCACAAGCUGCCUGCCCUCGCCGGGUUCCCCCCUCCCCAUCUUUGACUGUAACUUUUCGCCCAUCCCCGCCGGUCCUCUCUCGCCCGACGCCCGUGCCCAGCUCCAGAACGAGCUUGACCAGAUCCGGAAAUGCUCCGCAGAGUCUCAGACCGCCUACAACGCCGCUCACGCCUCCAUCCCAUCCUAUCAACAGCUCGUCCUCACCACCCACGCCCAGGUCGCCGCAGCCAAGCAGGCUUUCCUCCAUGCCAAGGGCCUUACGCCAACCUCCUCCUCGGCCCCCUCUAUCACCAACUCAACUUCCUCUUCUUCUUCAACUUCAAAUGCUUCUUCGCCACCGUCACCUCUCUCCCCCCUCAACAACCAUAUGCACCAGGACCUCCUUAACGGCAUUCAGGCACAUGGCCAAAAUCUCGAACGCCUCGAACAAGAACACGUCGCGCUCGGUCUGAAACUGUCGCAGGUCCUUCGGGACAAGGCCGAGGCAGAGGAGACAAAAAAACGCCUGAACGACUACAUGAUGCGCGCAAAGUCAAGGAUCAGGGAGAUUGAGCGGAAGCUGAGCGAAUGA